CUCUUUGAUUUACCGUGGUGAGAGGCGGCAUUUGCUGCAUAUCAUUGGCGGUACUUCAAUGGGCCUGCGGGUUGUGGGCAACGACAACGGUUCUUCUCGCCCAACGCAUUGCGGAAAAGAACAAGGGACGUGCUGCUAUUGCGGUCAUGAUUGUUGCUUUCGAGAAACAGUAAUCAAACGCCAAUUUUGGAUAUACCAAUCAGUGAUGGUAAUCGAGCAGAUGCCCUUACAGUUACAUACGCUAUUAUAACUGCUUCAAAGCAAUUAUGGUUUCGUCGUCGAUUCGAUGCCACCACAAGUGUGCCAGAUUUUCGCAUCCCCCAGCUCCUGUGGCAGAGCUGACUAUAGUGAUUCAAGUUAACGAGCUGGCUGAGCAAGCAUGAGCAUUGAAAACCCCACCGAAAACAGAAAAUCUUGAUGGUUCCAAGGGGUUCUUGGAGUGAGGCCCAGGCGUUUGACUUGGCGACUGUAGUCGUACAGGCUUCAUCCCACUAAACUAAACAACACCUCCAGGCCCUUGUCCCUGACGCCGAAGCCCUGGAUCCACGGCCCCUAGCGCCUCAUCCCCGCCAUGGAUCUUGCGGCUCCCUCCUGAAGCAACGAAGCUUGAUCUGAACCUGUUGAAGCCACCAGUGAGAGGCCGUUAUUCUAUUGUUCGGUUUUCUCCUAUUAAACCCACAUCUCCCACCCAUUGUCAGCUGCUGGACGGCCAUUCUCAUUCUAUUGUUCGGGUUAUUCAUUGUUGGAAGACGUCUCUUUGACUCUUUCAUUAUUUUCUCAUUCUUCCUUUCCCUUGAUUUCCUUUCCCUCUUUGUGCUGCUAGACAGUCCCAUUUAGCUUGUUAAUCACCAUCCUUUCAUUGUUAUACUGAACAGUGUAUCGCGAACUUGCGAACUAACACGACCGAUCCUUAUUCAACAACAAGAGAGGAGCGUUGAUCGCACAACUCCUCUAAUAGCACUCUUUUACUGCUUUGUUUCCAACUCAAAGCUUACCUUCAUUACUUUUCGACAUUCAAUUUAUACGAUCGAGUUGCCAACUGAGUGAAACGGCUGGAACCACUUCACUACUCUCACUUCAACAACAUAUUUUUACAAUUAAACCACAAAACGAACGAUAAAUCUAUCAAAAUGGCUCUCCUAAGAACUUUCCUCGCUUCCCUGCUCGUUGCAGCUCCCUUUGCUGCCGCUGCUCCUAUCGAUGUUGCCGAGACCCUGGGUGAUAUGGCCGACAGUAUCGGAGGUGGCCUUGGAGGUGAAGCCGAUAAGAAGAUGGGAAUUAGCGCUUUUCUUCGACCUAUGCUCAAGAACCCCGAUGCUCUCAACGUCAUCCCUAACCGAUAUAUCGUUGUGUACAAUGAUACCUUUGACGACGAUACAAUCAGUGCCAAGGAGGCUUCCUUUGCGGCCGCUAUCAAGAAGCGAAACCUCAACAAGCGAAGCUCAAUCGGCAAGGCCAUGUCUACUUCAAUUCAGUCAUUCCGCAUGAACAAGUGGCGUGCCAUGUCUCUCGAUGCCGAUGAUCUUAUGGUUCAGGAUCUUUGGAACUCUGAUGAGGUUGCAUAUAUCGAGGCCGAUACCAAAGUUCAACUUAAUGCUGCUAUUGCUCAAGUUAAUGCCCCCCCUGGACUUGACCGUCUCUCUCACGCCAAGGUCAACCAGGACACCUAUGUUUUCGACGACUCCGCUGGUGAGGGCAUCACUGCCUACGUUGUCGACACUGGUAUCAAGAUUGAUCACAGCGAGUUCGAGGGCCGUGCCACUUUCGGAGCCAACUUCAUUAACAAUGUUGAUGACGAUGAGAACGGUCACGGAAGUCACGUCGCUGGUACUAUCGGUGGUGCUACCUUCGGUGUUGCUAAGAAGGUUGACCUUGUUGCCGUCAAGGUUCUCGACGCCUCAGGCGGUGGCAGCAACUCUGGUGUCCUCCAGGGCAUGCAGUUCGUUAUUGACGACGCCAAGAAGAAGAACCGUGUUGGCAAGGCUGUUAUGAACAUGUCUCUUGGCGGUGACUUCUCUCAAGCCAUCAACCGUGCCAUCGAGGCCCUCUUCAAGGCUGGCAUUGUCCCCGUUGUCGCCGCUGGUAACGAGAACCGCGAGACUGCCCUCACUUCUCCUGGCUCUGCCCCCAACGCCAUCACUGUUGGUGCUAUUGAUGCCACCACAGAUGAGCGUGCUGAUUUCUCCAACUUUGGCCCCGAGGUCGACGUCUACGCUCCCGGUGUUAACGUCCUCAGUGUCGGUAUCAAGUCAAACACUGACACCGCUACCCUCAGCGGUACCAGCAUGGCCUCUCCUCACGUUGCCGGUCUCGCCGCCUACCUCAUGGGCUUCCAGCAGCUCGACGGUCCUGCCCAGGUCGCCAGCCUCAUCAAGAGUCUCGCUGGACAGACCGGUGCCAAGGUCCGAAACAACGUCCAGGGCACUACCGACAGCAUCGCCAACAACGGCAACCAAUAGAAGCAGCAACGCAGCAGCAGCAUCAAUUAGGGAAUCAGAGACAAGGGAAAGCGGAAUUUUUCUUAUACCACAAAAAUAUUUCAGGAUAAUUGGCCACUUGUACAAACCUGAACCAUUUAUGCCUCGUGUAUGUAUGGGAUAUAAUUUAGGGUGUCAUUUAUGAAUCAUCUCAAGUCAUGUGUACCAGGAGUUUUCUUUGAGGCUUGGAAAUAGCCUAACCGAGCGUGUUUGUUACUAUAGAUGGUACGUAAUGACAUUAUAGACCUUCUAGACUACCA